AUGCACUGGACAAUGAGGCUGGCCGCGGCAGCCCUGUUUCUGAGUCUCACGAUGGUGGUCACCAGAGACGUGGAGGACUUGUGUUUGUACGAGGCUCUGUCUGACGCCGAUGCUGUCCUCUGCAAGGGACUUGAAGUUUUCUACCCAGAGCUGGGGAACAUUGGCUGCAUGUUUGUUCCUGACUGUAACAACUACAGACAAAAGAUCACCCACUGGGCUGAGCCCCUAGUCAAGUUCCCUGGGGCCUUGGAGGGCACAACCUACAUCCUGGUGAUGGUGGAUCCAGAUGCCCCGAGCAGGUCUUCACCCAAAGCUCAAUUCUGGAGACACUGGCUGGUAACAGAUAUAAAGGGCGCUGAUAUAAAGAAAGGGAAGGUCCAGGGCCAGGAGUUGUCACCCUACCAGCCUCCGUCCCCACCAGUAAAAAGUGGCUUUCACCGCUACCAGUUCUUCGUCUAUCUUCAGGAAAAACAGAACAUCUCUCUCCAUUCCAAAGAAAACAAAACUCGAGGCUCUUGGAAAAUGGACAAAUUCCUGAACCGCUUCCACCUGAGCGAACCUGAAGCAAGCACCCAAUUCAUGACCCAAAAUUACCAGGACUCGCCCAAUUACCAGACCACCGGAGCCGGAAACAGUGAGCCGAAGGAUAAACCCAAGUAG